GUACUGGGUUCUGUUUCAAGUGGGUGAUGUCAGUGGGCAUACAUAAACACAUUCAUGGAAAGGAAUCCAGGUGUUGUACAUUAUGACAGGCUAUUAAUAAAAACCACAACAAACACACUUCACACAAGUCUGACUGGAAAAUCACUUUGGAAAUCAUUUUCCAAGGGUUGUUUAGUGAGUGACAGACAUAAAAAUAGGAAUUUUGAUGACUGAUAUUUUAGUUUUUAAUGCCAAGUCUUGAGGAGUCUUAAAAUUGUCCAAUGUCUGUUCUUUUAUCAAAUAGAAAUACUUAACCUCAGCCUAUGAAAAUUGAGACUAUUAGAGAAAAUUAUAUUUGUGUGAAGUCUUACUGGGGGAAAAAAAGAAGGAUUUGAUUAGAAGACGUUUUAGGAAGGCUCUACAGAAAUGUCUAGAACUUAAUUGGUUGAAUGCUAGAAACUUUUUGCUUAUAAGUAUUACUAGUUGUCACUUAAGUACAUGGUAAAUGUUAAUUUAGUGAAAGAAAAGUUAUACUAUUCAGUCAAAUAGAAAUAUUUUUCAUCAUAGAAUUCAUAAUUGAUUAUUCAGAUACAAGUUAUUUUUAACCAGAAAUUUCCCUGUCCUUAUAAGUUACACAAACAUUUGAGUUUUAUGUAUGUCUGUACUUUAAGCAGAAAAUACAUAGAAAUUUUUUUUUUAAGAUUUAUGUAUUUAUUUGAGAGGCAGAGAAGAGAGAUAUCUUCCAUCUGCUGGUUCAUUCCCUAGACGGCUGCAACAGUCAGGGCUGGGCCAGGCUGGAGCCAGGAGCUGCUUCUGGGUCUCCCAGGUAGGUUCAAGUGUCUAAGUACUGCUGCUUCCCCAGGCACGCUAGCAAGGAUUGAAUCAGAAGUGGAGUGGCCAGGACUUGAACCAUUGCCCAUAUGGGAUGCUAGCACUGCAGCUAGCUCCAGAACUCUCCUAUAUGACUGAAUUCCCUGUAUUAACUGGGAGCAGCAUUAUCAGUAGAGUAAAGCUGUGUUUGUAGAGUUCACCAAGUAUUUAGGAAAACUAAAAUGAAUUUUACCACAGAGCCACUGCAUAAAUUCUGUUUGGGCCUCUGAUGCAGUCACAUAUAGUGAAUGUGCUCUUCCAAAUAGUUGGACUAUAUUGUAUGUGAUGAUAAUUUUAAAAGAAGGAUUUGAUGUAAAGAGAAAAGUUUCAGCUGAGCCUAGCAGUAUGACACUGCAGAGUAAGAUGUUUGCCAUCUUUUGUGCUGCCUAAUUCCAUUCUUCCAGUGCCACUGUCGUGCCUACACCUCUGUCCUUUCCCCCAGCAGAUGCAUCAGGUUCCCAAAGUAGUGCUUUCCCUUUAAAUCCAUCUAGUAUAUUUCUCAUUCAAACAUUGUCAUUUUUAGAGAUUAAAGUUUCAGAUUUUUUUGGAAAGUCAAUGGUGUGUCGGCUUAACCUGUUCUGUCAUUCUUUUAGUUUGGUAAAGGUAUGGAAUAGUUAAAACUGUAGUAUCCUUAUCUUCUAAUUCUCUACUUUCAUUUCUGGGUCAGUUUUAAUGGGUUACCUUUUCUCUGUCAUGAGCCAUCCCUUUGCUAUUGUCUACAUGAUAUUUUUUACUUUUGUUCCACUUUGUGCUGGAUAUUUUUGUAUUCCUUAUUUCUUGAUCUUUGUUUAUGGACAUUGUAAAGUUAUUUGACUCAAUUUGGUCUUUUUCAGGUUGUGUUAGGCAGAUCAGUACAGCAUUUGGGAUUUUUGCACAGUAUUGAAGCAAAAAACUUUUGAAUUCUCUACUCAGUGUCUUCUGAAUCCCAUUUCCUACACUGGCUGGUAGGAAGAACCGUCCCUGGCCUUGUGUAAGCUAUGGGGUUUGUUUGCACCUGGCCUUAGGUAGUUUCCUCAUGUACAUAUACUCAUCAGUCCUCAAGGGAAGACUUCAGGGGAACCCUUAAGGUUCCUGUAGUUCUGUGCAACUCUCUCCAGUCUCUGUAGUUCUAACCACUUGGCCUCCCUAGACUGGCAGCUCUUCUCUCUUCACCUUAUGCCAGCUCUGCUUCGUGCCCAUUUCCAACACUGUGGCCUGGAAAAUCUCUAGUAAAUAGUAAGCUGGGGCAGUCUUGGUUUCUGUUUCCCAUCUCCCAAAGAUCACAGUCAUUUUUGAUGGCUGAUGUCCACUGUCUUGAAAACUAUUUAAUACAGUUUGUUUGGUUUCUAAGUUGUUACAGGCAGGAGAAUAAGUCUAGUCCCUGUCUCACUUUUCAUUUCAAAAAGUGAAAAUGAAAUCUGAAGGGUAAGUGGCUUCAGUUUAUACCGUGAGCUAUUAGGGGAGCCUAGACUGGAAUCUAGGCAUUGACAACGUGUGCUGUUUUUACUGUAUCAUAACACUGCCUUUUCUAUGUUCCAAGAUAAUGAAAUUUAUCUAUAUUAUACCUCAUGGGUUAAUUUAAACCUUGAAAUUUUGCUGGGAAUUUCAGUAGAAUGGCUUGCAUACCUCUGCCUUGAAUGACAUUUUAAAUAUAUUAGAACCUGUUCAUUGUCAACAUAAAUGGUUCUGGGCCUUUGCAGUGUGUAUCAACCCUCUCUGACCCAAGUAAUCCCUGUUUUAUAAAACAUGUUGUAAUGUACUUUUAAUCCUGAGGAGUGUGAAACAUGCCAAUCAUUAGGCUGAUUGCUGCCCGUUUCUACUCAAAAGCAGUGGGGUGGGGCAAAGGAGUGUCAUGGGUGCCUGCUGUAUUCUUCCCUGCCCCCAUUGUAUAAAGGAGCCUCACAUUAAUCCUGCUGAUCAGGGUCAGUUACUCCUGCCCAAAUGGUACUUCCCUUUACAGAUCCCUGUACAGAGUUCAGCUGCCCUGAGUGGCAGCUUUAGCUUGUAGUUAAGCAGGGUCACACUGUUUAGAAUAAAAAGAGCCUUACAAAAUGUAUUAGAUUAUUUGGGUCAGAUAGGGUUGCAAACUGUUGUAAAAGGCCAUAACAAAUAAUGUUGAUAAUGUUGCUUCAUCCCUUGGCAAGAGUAACCCGUUUGAGAACUAGGAUUUCCAAUUUGCUAUGCCCAGAGUUAGGAGGACAAACCCCCAAGGAGGUCCUAGAAAGUGAUGAUUAGUGGGGCCACUCUUACUUCUACCCUCUGGUUCCCGGACCCAUGUAUUACUGGAAGCAGCCCCUGAUUUUAAUACAUACACGAACUUCUGAAAGAGCUAUGCGUAUGCACUUCCAGAGGGUUGCCUCUGAUGUCAGUCUUGUGUGCCUGCAUGAGGCUUUUCUGUCCUGUAAGGCUGGCUGGUUUUUGCCAGUGCAGGAUUCCAUGGUCAUGGGCUCACCCUGCCUCCUUUGCUGUAAAGUGAAAUCCUGUACUUAUCUUUGUGGAACACAUACCACCGUGCUUCCAGGCUGGAGUCCAAAUCAGUUGGUUUACUGCUAGGUGGCCAGUUCUGUGGAGUGCCUUGUUGGGACUUAGUGUUUAUUGCUGGCAGGUUAGCGGUUCUGGGGCAGAAGUAGCUAGACUGACCUCGGUGAGUGUUAUCUACUUGUCAGGUGUUGCUGUACAUGCAUGCUAGAUUAGGUGGAUAUUCUUUUACCCUCCACCUUCCCCAGAUCUGGCCCCCCUUCUGCCUGCUGUCUCUGUCCUUUAAGGGGCCGACCUCUGCACUGUAUCACCUGGGCUCCCGUGUCUGCAGGUAUGGCUGGUGGGAGGCCCCAGAAGGAGGGGAGAGACUGAGUAUUCCCCCAACUCUCUCCCUUCCAAGCCAUGGCUUUGCAGAAGCUGUGUCCCUUAACUAAAGGCUACAAGUUCCAUAGGUUGCAAAGGGUCUUCUCACCUCACCUCUUCAAUUAAAGAUUGGUAAUGCGUCCCAUGUGGAUACCCGCAGAGCACUUUUCCUUUAUCUUCCAGAACCCCAGCCUACACAAGAGUGUUUUCUGCCUUUUCACUGAAUUGUAGACAGUAAACAAACAUUUUCAUCUCAAUUCACUUAAUAUGUCUUAAGCACUAUAUACCAGAUACAAGGGUACUUCAAAAAGUUAGUGCAAAGUGGAAUUAGAAAAUGUUUGUUUUGAUUCAAAAGUGAACUGUUUGAAGACCCUCUUGGCCUCAUGUGCAUGGAUUUCAGAAUUUUUGGCACCAAAAUAAACUUAGCCUUUAAUUGCAUUUUGCAUGAGUUUUGUGAAGUAUCAUAACCAUUCUGUGAGAAAACAGUGGUGAAUGAGACCAGUUCAAUGAUAAAUGUACCAACUGUGCCAGAUACACUUCUGUUCUUCGAAAAGAUUGUAAUGAGCAGGACAAGGAGAUGUAGUUAAAGGGUAACUUCAAACCGAAAAAUGCCAUGAACCCCUGAUUGACCCUGAGGGGAUGAGGUGAGGGGAGGCAGCCUCUUUACAGUGGGCAGGCUGGGAGGGCUUUUUAGAGGCAGUAAGGUUAAUGACUUCAGGACCUGACCUAAAGGGUGAGGAGGAACUUGCUGCUCUGAGAUACAGGAGGAUAUUCCAGAUAGUGAGGGCGGUAGGCAAGGGCAGAGGCCUGAGGGACCAGUGAAUUUCAGUAUACAGAAGGUUCUGGGACAGUUACAUCAUGGCAGGUGUAUAGUAAGAGUGAGUACUAACUUGGAAUAUGAUGUCAGCCUUUUCAGAGUAUACUGCCAAGAUUGUGUAGCAAGGCCUUUGCAGAUUAUUCAGUUAUAUGCUAGCUUCUAGCACCGGGCAGAACUAACUCCCUAACAGUAACCCCAGUUUACCUACAGCCACAGCUACAAAGCUUCAGAGGUGAGCUCUAAUUCCAUCUGUUCUGUCAAUCUCAGGGUAAUUUUUUCCUUUGAAUUAAGGGAGUAAGGAUAGACACAUUAGCUGGAGUCCUUAGCAGUUUUAAAAGUUAAGUAACCUGUCCACAGAAAUGAAGUAAACUUUAGCCAGAAGAAGGCAUCCAAUGAGGGAAAGAUACAAAGGUGCAAAGUCUGUGGGAAAAGGGAAUCAAGUUUUUUAUGGUGUAAAGCAAAUUUGAAAUAUCUACAUAUUUUCAAGAUACUCAUUUUCCACUAGCUUUAAAAAAUGGAAAGCUGGAGACCACCAUCCACUGGUUAACUUCCCAGAAUCCCCAAAUGACUGGUGGCCAAAGCUGAGAGCUGGGAACUCAGUCCACUAGCAUGCCCAUUAGUGGAAGCUGGAAUUUGAACCCAGGCACUCCCGAGAUGGGAUGCAAGUGUCCCAGACUGGGUCCUAAUUGUCCCAGCACAAACCUCCUCAAGUACCAUAGCAGGUAACAGGCGUUUUUCUAAAAAAAAAUUUGUGAGCUGCCCAAAUUACCAAGAUUUAAGCUUGUGGUUUAUUUUUACUUGGGUGUUCAGAAGUUGGUGGAAGAGUGACUUGGAGCCUAUUUUAGCAUAUAAAUAUGUGUGCUAGGAAUCUGCCACCCAACAGGAACCUACUUGACUUCUGGCCUUUCCCUUCCUGCCAAGACUCUCAAAGCCACUCCAGCAGAUGAGCCGCCCUCUCUUUGGACCCUGGCUGCACACCAAAACUUUCCUGCAUUAACCUGUGAUGUAAAUUUGAAGUGUCGUCGCAUUAUAACAAAUACAUCAUUUUUAGCAAUUUGUUUCCACUAUUCAUCAACAAAAGUUGUAAUUUCACACCUUUGUCAUUUGUUAGAAUCUCUGUGUUCUCAACUAAAAGCCCUCUCUGGGUCAGGAACAGACUUAUUUCUGUUCCACGCACCCCUGUCGGGCACUUAGAGAAUCAGGAUUCUAAGAGGCAGCUUUCUGCUUGGCUCAAUGAGUGUCGUCUCCGACUGUGUCUCUUAAUCUGAGUGUGCAAGGUCGCUUUUUGACCACGAAGCGGCGCUAAGCCACCAGCGAGGGCAGACCCACCAAGUUUUCCACAGGACUUGAAGUUCUGAACUUCUAAGAAGCACCAGGUUAAUUCACGAGUUUUGGAGGAUGCUCCCUAGGCAUGAUCGGUAUUCCAGCCCAGGAUGGGCGGCAGAUGACGUGCAGAGUCCCCCGACGCACCUCAGGCCUCUGGGGGCUGCGGAUCCGCCCAGGCGAGCGUUGGGGGAGUGGGUGAAGUCCGGCGCCCGGGGCCUCACGGACAGAGGUUUGCGCUGCGUGCGGGUCGGUCCCGCGCGCACGGGUGGCCCCAAGGAGCCAGCUCCCUGUUCGCCCCCGCCCCUCGGUGCGCGGGACCGACCAGGCCGCUCCUCCCCUGGGUGGGUCCCGGCUCCUUUUCUGGCAGAGUCUAUUUGCAUAGAAACUGCCCAAAGUGGCCGCUGUGGAGGAGCGGGCGGCAGCAGCGAAGGGGGCGUGCGCUGCGAUCCGCUGCUGCCCGGAGGCCAGGUCUCCAGCCCCGCAGACCUCGUGCCUCGCGCGCUCUCGCCGGCUCUCUGCACCCUCAGCGUGCGGCCUGGGUGCUGCACCGCGCCCCGCCAGAGCCCACGCGCAACCAGCGCGCCAUGAGCCGAGGCGAGCGCGCCGGGGGCGGCGGCGACGUGCGGAAGGGCAGCCCUACGGACGGCGGUGGCGGCGGUGGGGGAAGACCCGCGAAGACAGCCGGGACCCGGGCGGCGAGCGCGCUGUGCCUGCUGCUCUCCGUGGGUUCAGCGGCUGCCUGCCUGCUGCUGGGCGCCCAGGCGGCCGCGCUCCAGGGCCGAGUGGCGGCGCUCGAGGAGGAGCGGGAGCUCCUGCGGCGCGCGGGGCCGCCUGGCGCCCUGGCCGCCUGGGCCGAGCCGCACCUGGAGCGCCUGCUGCGCGAGAAGUUGGACGGACUGGCCAAGCUCCGAACUGUUCGAGAAGCCCCAUCCGAGUGCGUGUGCCCCCCUGGGCCCCCAGGACGGCGUGGCAAGCCUGGAAGACGAGGUGACCCUGGUCCUCCAGGCCAGUCGGGACGAGAUGGCUACCCGGGACCCCUGGGGCUGGAUGGCAAGCCUGGACUUCCAGGCCCCAAAGGGGAAAAGGGAGUACCAGGAGACUUCGGCCCCCGGGGAGACCAAGGGCAAGACGGAGCUGCUGGGCCUCCAGGACCCCCAGGGCCCCCUGGAGCCAGGGGCCCGCCUGGCGACACUGGGAAAGAUGGCCCCAGGGGGGCUCAAGGUCCAGCGGGUCCCAAAGGAGAGCCCGGCCAGGACGGCGACACGGGCCCCAAAGGACCCCCAGGGCCCAAGGGGGAUGAUGGGACACCGAGCCAACCUGGGCUCCCUGGACCCCCAGGGCCCAAGGGUGAGCCAGGGAGCAUGGGGCCCCGAGGAGAAAGCGGCGUGGACGGUGCCCCGGGACCAAAGGGGGAGCCUGGCCAUGGAGGUGCAGACGGAGCCACGGGGCCCCGGGGUCCACCAGGCCUCAAGGGCGAGCAGGGGGACACUGUGGUGAUCGACUAUGACGGCAGGAUCCUGGAUUCCCUCAAGGGUCCUCCCGGGCCACAGGGGCCCCCGGGGCCACCAGGGAUGCCCGGAGCCAAGGGCGAGCUUGGCCUGCCCGGUGCUCCUGGAAUCGAUGGAGAGAAGGGUCCGAAAGGAUCGAAAGGAGACCCAGGAGAGCCCGGGCCAGCUGGACCCAAGGGAGAGGCAGGAGAGAUGGGUUUGUCUGGCCUCCCGGGCGCUGAUGGCCUCAAGGGGGAGAAGGGAGAGUCAGCUUCCGACAGUCUCCAGGAGAGCCUGGCCCAGAUCAUAGUGGAGCCAGGGCCUCCCGGCCCCCCCGGCCCUCCGGGUCCCAUGGGCCUCCAAGGAGUCCAAGGUCCCAAGGGAUUAGAUGGAGCAAAGGGAGAGAAGGGCGCAUCUGGCGAGAGAGGCCCCAGCGGGCUGCCUGGACCUGUUGGCCCACCAGGCCUGAUUGGGCUGCCGGGAACCAAAGGAGAGAAGGGCAGACCCGGGGAGCCAGGACUGGAUGGCUUCCCUGGACCCCGAGGAGAAAAAGGUGACCGGAGCGAGCGUGGAGAGAAGGGGGAGCGUGGGAUCCCCGGCCGGAAGGGAGUGAAGGGCCAGAAAGGCGAACCCGGACCGCCAGGCCUGGACCAGCCGUGUCCUGUGGGUCCCGAUGGGCUGCCCGUGCCCGGCUGCUGGCAUAAGUGACCCCAGAUCCAGCUCACAACCUGUACAGACCCGUGUGGACAUUUUGAAUUUUUGUAAAACAAAACAGUAAUAUAUUGCUCUUUUAUGCAAUGCACCACCUGUGGCCUUGUAACAUUCAGAAGUGUCCGACCCAGCCCAGAGCCGUCAGCACCGGAGGCUGGCGAGAGAGGGGACAAGCAAGCACAGGAUAGCUGUGUGCUUGGGGGCCCCUCCUCCAGGACUUGGCUUUCCUGGCGAAGAGACGAAGGUGGCUGUGCCUGGCUCCCCUGGGCCUUCAGCCACCUGAGCAGCGAGGAGGCUCAUUGCUGUCCCACGGCCACGGGGGGCGGCCGCUGGGAGCCCUGGAGUCCACAAGUCACGCUGCCCAAGAAGGCCCAGGACUCGACAGCAGCUGCCACUGCUCCUGGACGUGGCCUCCAGCAGCUGCCCCGGCCCCAAGGAGGAGGGAGUGGAAAGUUGCCUGUAUGGCUCACUGCCGCCUUGCUUGGUGGGCUCAGGAAGCCGGCCUGCAUCAGGGACACGCGUCCUCUGGCCACACCUAGAAGCCACACUCUGAUGCAGAACCAGCUGCUGGAGCCCCUUGAUCCUCGAGCGUGGCAGACAGAGGGUCCCAGGGUGGGCCUGGCUGCCACUUCCUGUCACAUCACCCGGAGCAGGGACAGAUGGGGCUUUUGCAGGGCCCAAGGAGACAGACCUUCAGUCAGAGCUGUGGCCUCACUGGUUCCGAGUGUCCCGCCCAGCCCUGUGGCCUCCCGGCCAGACACCAUCAUCGUGAUGAGUUACGCAGACAAAUGAGCCUCAGGGCCGGCUCCCAGCUGGCCCGAGCAGGGGCCUGCAACCACCCCUGGCAGGUGUCCCAGCUCCCAGCAGCCAGCUCCUCCCUGUCUGUGCUGUCGGAUAGCACUGCGUGUAAUAAACUACCACUGUGUGCUUGGGUGUGCCUGUCCUUGCAGCCUGCCCUGGGCGCCUCGGGCUGAGAUACCAGCCUGGCCAUUACGAGGUGGGGACAGGCCGCAGAAACCAGAGAAGGGUUGCAGUGUGAAGUUCAGAAGGCACAGACAUGACCAGGCCAGCCAAGUCCUCUGGCACUGGGUCAUUUCUGUCACCAAGCCCCCCACGUGGCCCUCCAUUGUGGUGACCAGGGACUGCUACUUCACAAGUCACCCCAAAACCCACUGCCACACAACUAUCACCAUGCCUGGUUCUUGCUCACGGCCCUGGGGUUCAUGGGCUCAGCGGGAUGCUGCUCGUUCAAGUUCUCUCCAUCUGGUGAUCAAUGCUGGCUGUCAUUUGGGACCUCACAUGGCUGGAACACCUGCCUGGGGCCCCUGCUGUUGGCCUAGCUUCCUUCCCGGUGCGAGCAGGCCAAGCCUCUGACAUCAUACAGGGUCGCAUUCUGCCAGGGUUGGAGGCUCCUCCCGACUCAAGGGGCUAUAGCUAGACCUCGCCUCCCACUGGGAAAACGUCGACACCCUCCCUUAAGGGGAGAUGUGGGGUCACAGGUCUUGCGAUUAUUUCAGAAAUGCCACGUGCCACCUCAUCCAUAAAAUGGGAGGGCAGCCCUCCCCCAGACCCUGACAUGGGACAUCCUUGUUAAGCAGAAGAGGCUGGGGUUGGUGCUGUGGCACAGCGGGUUAAAGCACAAGCCUGCAACACCAGCAUCCCAUAAGGGCACCGGUUCAAGUCCAGGCUGCUGCACUUCUGAUCCGGCUCCUUGCUAAUGCACCUGGGAAAUCAGCAGAGAAUGACCCAAGUGCUUGGGCCCUUGCACCCACGUGGGAGACCCAGAAGAAGCUCCUGGCUCCUGGCUCCUGGCUUCAGAUUGGCUCAGCUCCAGCCAUUGCAGCCAUUUGGGGAGUGAACAGCAGAUGGAAAACCUCUCUCUGUAACUCUUUCAAAUAAAUAAAAUAAGUCUUUAAAAGAAGAAGAGGCCCUGGCCACACACUGGCUAAGGAGGGAAGAAAUGAGGGUGCGUCCAAAAAUUCACAGAAAAUGGAAUUAUAAGGAUAUUUUGAUACAAAGCUUUUUAAAUCAUAUCUGGAAAUGCAUAUCGUGCCUGCAUUUCAAAAUCUUUUUUGCAACAGAAUAAACUUACACCUUUUAAAAUUUUGUUAUUCAUUUAUUUGGGAGACAGAGAAACAGUCAGAGAUGGAUGAAUACAACUCCCGUCCUCUGAUCCACUCCCCAAAUGUCCACAAUGACCAGAGCUGGCCUAAGCUAAAGCUGGGAGCCCAGGACCCAAUUCCUUGAGCCAGGGUCUGCAUCAGUAUGACAGGGAACUUGGAGUCAAGAGCCAGAGCUGGGAACUGAAUCCAAGUGCUCCGGCAUGGGACACGGGUAUCUUAAUUGCCAGGCUAAAUGCCUAUGCCAUACCUAUGUUAUUAAUUCCAUUUUCUACACAUUUUUUGAAGUGCCACCAUAUGUCAAGUCCCUUCCUCUGUCUCCCUCAGGGCCAAGGGACAAGUGGCUGGCCACACUGCUUGGCAAAUUGCCUUAGACAUCAGAAAACCAGAAGUAGAAGAGAAACGGUGGGGACUGAUGGCAGAGUCACCCCUGGGUGUCCAGGCUUCCUUUAGGGUUCCAGCAUCACCCCCAAAAUGUGCUCCCCUGUUUGUGGGUCACGCCUCCCUCCAGCCAGGAACCUCUCUUGACCCCCUCACUGACCCUGAGAAGGACAGAACCUCUGUGCUAGGUGUCACUGUGUCCAAUGUACAGAUGGCAAAAUUGAGGCCCAGAGAGGUUCAGCGCCUGCCCGGGGAUGCUCAGUCAGGGCAGGUGGCUCGGAUCAGGCCUCUUGCUGUCCCCUCCUCUGUAAGCUGCUGGCAGCCCCAGGAUGCUAAAUGACUGGCAAAUGGAACUCGGUGGGGGGUGGGGGAAACACCCAGGGGGUCCCUCUCCUGCUUCUCGGCCCAUUGCUGCCUUGGUAUGGUGUCAAGGCUGUAUCCUUAGACUUGCAAACUUCAAACUGCAGAGCCUGGGGUAGGACAGUGAGGACAGUGUGGCCGUGCAAGAGUGAGAGUGGGAGCGCCCGCGCCCACCCCCGCGGAGUCUCAAGGACAGGACUGGGGGCAACUCUGCCUCAAUGAGCCCCCUCUGGAACUCACCGCUGAACUCACCACAAGGUCCCCCAGCCCCUGUCACAGGUGAAGAGUGAGGGCUUGCAACACACAGGUCUCCCCAUACCUCCCCCUCCUCAUCCCAGGGACACCCCUGGAAACACAUGGGGUGCUUUGGGCUGUCACAAUGAUGGCCACACCUGAAGCCUGUCGCAGGAAGUAGGAGAAUUCACCAGAGCACAGAGACAGCAGAGCUGGAUUUACCAAACGCACCACAGGGAAGCCACAGGCAAGCAGGUCAGGUAGGGGCUGACCCCUGCUGCAACACAGACUGGAUCGGAGUGGUACACCCGCAGCGGCAGUGCCGUGGGGCUGACAGGUGCCACAUGCUUGCAAGGGAGCAGCAGGCUGGACAGCCAGAGGCCUCUCAGACUCAGCCAAGAAGCAUCUAGUAUUUCCUAAGUUAGGGUGAGUUUUCCACGGUCCCUGAGGUUUUCCCAGGCAGGUGAUUUGCAUCUAUGGGCAGAGCUGCAGAGGGGACACCACCAAACGCCCUGGGCCACCCUCCACACCACCCUUGAUACCACCCCAGUGCAGAAACACCAUGCCUGGGCUUAAACCUUGGCUGAGUCACUUCCUCCCAUGCCCUGACCUCUCGGCCUUUGGUGUUGCCUGGAAACCCAGGCGGAAGACGAUGGACAAAGGAUUGCUUUAGCACAAGGCCAGAGGCAGGAAGAAGGGGAGGCUUCCUGGUAGUGUCGCACCCCCUGCUUAGAUCUUCCUGGAAAAGCCUGCUACGACCUGCAACAGUGUCACCUCCUGAGGCUGGACAUCCUGGGAGCAUGGGCCAUGCAAGCCGGGCCCAGCUCAGCUUCUCUUCUGCCUCUCCUAGGCAGGAAAAGUCCCUGCAUGGAGCAGGCUUCCCUGAGCGGCUGCUGCUGGGGCUGGGAGGGGAGGAAGAGCGGCCCCAAAGAGGACUCUCAGACACACAGGCCCCAGGGGCCUCCACCAGAGGCAAAGCCGGUACCCUGAGAAAACCAGAGCCCAAAGCUACACGUACAUGGGCGAGGAUAGGCCUCUUGGUUAAUUGGGUUAGAAUUUUCUGUUUUUUCCAAGAAUCGUGUAAAAGGUUCAAUUCCGUUUAAAAUGAAAAAUAAGCAACUUCAGUUUGGGAAAGUGGGUAGGAUGGGUGUUUGGCCUAGUGCUUUAAAGAUGCUCACAGGGACGGCUGCAUUCUAUAUCCAAGGGCCUGGGUUCAAGCCCUGGCUCUGCUUCCAUUCUGGCUUCCUGCUAAUGCACACCCUAGGGAGGUGGUGGCUGAAGCAGUCAGGUCCCUGACAGCCAGACCCAGACCCAGACCCAGACCCAGCUCUGGGCCUGGACCUCUUGGUUAAUUAGGGGAAAAAAAAAUUUUUUUUUUCAAAAAUCGUGGCUUUUGCUGGCGUUUGAGGAGUGAACCAACAGACAGGAGAUCUUGCUCGCUCUCUGCCUCUGUUUCAGCUUGUGUCUGCCUCUCAAAUGAAUAAAAGUGUUUAAGCUGGAUGGAUGGUAGUAAUGGUCACACACAAAUGUGAAUGUAUUUACUGCCACAGAAUUGUACCCUUAAAAACAGUUAAAUAGUAAAAUGAACUGUGUUGUAUAUUUCACCAUAAUAAAAACAAAUAAGAAACUCCAA